CUCGACAGAGAGACAGAACUCUUAAGAGAAAGUAAACCCAUUUUAGAGAGAGAGAGAGAGAGAGAGAGAGGAAGUUUUAACCAAAUGCUCUCUAAACCUUCAUCUGCCAUGGCCUCCUUCCCUUGUUCCAGGGUGAGGAGUGGGCUUUGCCUCUGGCCAGGCAAGAGGCAACUGUGCAUUAGAGAGGGUCUUGUGUAUGGCCUUAUGCGCUUACUAUCAAUUCCCUUCAAAACCUUGCGUGGAGCGAGUCGCUCUCUUAGGGUUGCAGAGUUUUGCAGUGUUUCCAAUAUGUCUUCCUCGUUACAAAUUGAAUUGGUACCAUGUCUUGGAGACAAUUAUGCAUAUCUUUUGCAUGAUGUGGACACGGGCACAGUUGGAGUCGUUGAUCCUUCAGAAGCUGUGCCAAUUAUCGAUGCUUUGAGUCGGAAAAACUGGAAUUUGACUUAUAUAUUGAAUACCCACCACCAUCAUGACCACACUGGUGGGAAUACGGAGUUAAAAGCAAGGUAUGGUGCAAAGGUGAUUGGUUCUGGAAUAGACAAAGAUAGGAUUCCUGGAAUUGAUAUUGUUCUAAAUGAUGGGGAAACGUGGAUGUUCGCAGGUCACGAGGUACAAAUCAUGGAAACUCCUGGUCAUACCCGAGGCCAUAUUAGCUUCUAUUUUCCGGGUUCUCGAGCAAUAUUUACCGGAGACACUUUGUUCAGCUUAUCAUGUGGCAAACUUUUCGAAGGAACCCCGGAGCAGAUGCUUUCUUCUCUACAGCGGAUUAUGUCACUGCCUGAUGAGACAAAUAUAUACUGUGGUCAUGAAUAUACUUUGAGUAAUUCGAAAUUUGCUUCAUCUAUUGAACCCAAGAAUAAUGCACUUCAGGCUUAUGCCACCCAUGUAGCUCACCUUCGAAACAAGGGAUUGCCUACGAUUCCGAGUACAUUAAAGAUGGAGAAGGCAUGCAAUCCAUUCCUCCGUACAUCAAGUGCAGAAAUACGGAAGGCGUUAGAAAUUCCGCUGGUGGCAGAUGAUGCGGAAGCCUUGGGUGUCAUAUGUCGAGCAAUGGAUAAUUUCUAGUAGUACUUGCAUACAUAGCUACUAGCCUGCUACACAUAUAUGAUACUUCAUUCCUGUUUGUGUACAGCUGAAUUGAUGAUUUCUCUUCCAUUAUGAAAUGAUCUAAACACAACAAAUGUUCAU